AUGAAGGCAAUACUCAUCUGUUUACUCUGCUCACUAUUCGUAUUCGCUCAUUCCUCUCCAAUUCUUCAUCCUGCGCGAACUGAGGCUAGCAAACCCACUGAGUUACGCCGAGUGAAACGAUACGGCUAUGGUGGUGGUUAUCCUGGUUAUGGAGGUUUUGGAGGCGGCUAUCCUGGCUAUGGCGGCUAUGGCGGCUAUGGCGGCGGCCUUGGUGGUGGCUAUGGUCGACGGUUCGGUGGUUUUGGAGGCGGAUAUCCUCGCUAUGGCGGCUUUGGCGGUGGCUAUCCUGGCGGUUUCGGAGGAGGAUUUCCUGGAUUUGGCAGCAGCUAUGGAAACUCGUUCGGUCUUACUGCUAGUCUCAGUCUUGGCGGGUAUAACAACGGAUAUAGCAGUUUCUUUGGAUAG